AUGGGGUGGAGGAUCUCCACAGCACACCACAGGGAGUGGAGGAUCUCCAGAGCACACCACAGGGUAAGUCAGUGUCUGGUGGAGCAUCUCAGUGACCUGUGUAUAGGAGUGGAGGAUCUCCACAGCACACCACAGGCACACCACAGGGUAAGUCAGUGUCUGGUGGAGCAUCUCAGUGACCUGUGUAUAGGAGUGGAGGAUCUCCACAGCACACCACAGGGCCAGUGCCGGAUUCCCCACACCACUGAAAGUAGUGUGAGCAGCAGUCUGUUUGACGGAACCGCUCCUGUAUUCAGCAUCUCCGUGGUGAAGCAGACCGUGAUGACCUUGACCUGUAGCAUGACCCGACCUCAGCUUGUUACCAAGGUGUCCUGGAGCAAGGUCAGUGAUGCUGGGGUACGGAAGUUGACGGCAGGGGACACACGGGUCAUCGAUGAUUCCCGAAUCUCUGUCAUCCGACCCUACCUGAAGGACUGGAACUUGAGGGUCAUGAACUUCGGCACAUUGGAGUUGGAUGGGGGUGUCUACGUUUGUAUGAAUGACAAACAGGAGAUACGCAAAUAUCUGGUUUCCAUUGUGGAGCCACCCCACAUAGAGGCGUCAUCAGAGUCGUUGACACCGGCGGCAGGAGACAACGUCACUCUGGUGUGUGAGGUAGCAGGGACCCCACCACCAGCUGUGUCAUGGUAUACCAGGAAAAACAACGCACAUCAAAACAGACGUUGUGGGGAUGCCCAGGUUGACCUUGUCUUUAUUCUGGAAGCCUCAUCUGAGUUUGGAAUCUACAACUUCAACCUUGCCCUUGACUUUGUCCGAUUCUACCUAGUGUACAGCGACAUCAAUGGCGGCAAUGUGAGGGUUGGCUUCAUGACCUUCAAUGAUGAGGCUCGUGUGGAGUUUCAGAUGAGUGACUAUCGUGACAAGAAGCAGGUUUAUCUGGCACUACUCCGUCUCCAACAUCGGGGUGGCAGUGCCAACAUCAGCAACGCCAUACAUGUUGCACGCACACAGAUGCCAUCAUAUUACACAGAUGUUCCUGUUCAGCUCCACGGGUGA